AUGUCGCCUGCCGCAGUGAUCAAGAACGUGGUGUUGAUUGGGGCUGGUGGCAACCUGGGCUCAAUGAUUCUUUCUGCACUGUUGGCGUCCAAGGAAUUCAAAGUCACGGUCCUCACUAGACCAACGAGCACGGCUACUUUCCCAGCCGAUCUCUCGGUCAUCAGGGCAUCAUACACCGAAGACGAACUAGUCAAAGCUUUCCAUGGGCAAGAUGCCGUCGUGUCGGCUGUAGGAGCAAUGGGUUUCGCGGACCAGAAGGUCUUCAUCGACGCAGCGAUCAAGGCCGGGGUCAAGAGAUUCCUUCCGGCGGAGUAUUCUUCCAACACAUUGAGCGAGGCUGUUCGAGAGCUCGUGCCGGUGUUCGAGGCGAAGAAGGUGAUCCUCGAUUACCUUAAGCAGAAUGAGAAGACGGGCUUGACCUGGACCGGUCUAGCCGUUGGACCCCUUCUAGACUGGGGUCUUGCGAAUGGCUUCUUCGGGUUCGACAUCGCCAACAAAACAGCCGAGAUCUGGGACGGAGGCAAUGUGCCAUUCUCGGCCACGAACCGGGCCGACUUUGGCAGGGCGGUCGCAUCCACCCUGAAACACCCCGCCGAGACCGCGAACCAAUUUCUCUACGUCGCAACCGUCACCACCACCCAGAAGGACAUCUUGAAAGCGUUCGAGGCUGCCUCGGGCCAGAAGUGGACCGUGAGGGAUGUGAAGACGGAUGACCAGAUUGCCACGGGGAGGAAAAUGGUCUCUGAAGGUGACUUCAACGGCAUGCUUACGCUUGUUCGAGCAUCUGCAUGGGGUACAUAUCUGGGAAUCAGGACGAAUUACCCGGUGGAUGAAAAGCUGGCCAACGCGGUUCUGGAGAUCCCAAAUGGGAGCUUGGACGAUACCGUCAAGGCUGUACUCAGCUCUGCUUAA